CUCUUUGCGUUUGGGGUGGUAAAACGAGCAACAUUUGUUCUGCAACUCGCGUAUUUUGUUAAUCGUAUUACCUUACCCUAAGGCUAUUCAUUAUACUAGAAUUAGGUUUCCAGAUUGUGAUAGGAAUAUAAACUAAUACACGAUUUUUGACCACUAGUGGGCAAGUCAAUAGGGGAUGAGGAUGGCAAAAGUGGAUUGCAGCAGACGGCAAACGCCAUGUGGAAAAAGUUGGGCGCCGGGGAAAUGGAAGCUUAUACCCGAAGAGCAGAGGAAGCAAACCAAAAUCCGGCUGCGCAAAAGAAGGAGUCGCGCUCUAAACGAGUAAAAAGACUCUCGAGCGUGAUACGCGAUUCUAUUGAACAAUUAAAUGACUUGGGUUGCCCUUCCUUGUGRAUUGGACUCUUCGAUGGAGUGCCAGAACGCUACUUCGCUAAUGGAGUUGGCAUGCUUGCCAGAGAUGAGGUGUUUAUGAAUUACACAGUAUCAUCUCUGGUGAAAAGUGUAGCUCAAGAGAAAAUGGAAGAGAAAUCAGCGGAKUUAUCCGCAGAAAUCGAACAGAAGAAAAAAACAAUAAAGAAAACAAAAAGUAAGCUG